GAGAGUCUGCGUAUCAAUGUUACGUAUUAUAAUAUCUUUGACCGAUAACGUAAAAACCCGCCAACAUACGUUUCCAUUCAUCAUGACUCGAGAUAGAUGAUCUAUCUAAUAAGAAUGUGAUCAAUCAAUCAUUGUACUCGACGGGGGUCGAAAUCACGACCCUGAGGUCGAGAGUCUCUACUCUCACUAUAACAAACGACAAACUGGCACAGUGCGAAGCCGUCUUAAAAACCGCCGUGUCUUGUGAGGAGACAACAUAACAAAAAUAUUUAUACAAAAUCAAAAGAAUACAUUUACACCUGUAUAAAAUUUAGUGAAAUUCCAUUUUGGUGUAUUUAUUUGGGGUGUAUUUAUCUCAUAUUAUCGCACUCGUCUAAGCACGUGUGUAGUGUAAAGUAGGCUAAAACGGUAGGCCAUGAAACAGUAAUAUUGACUUACUUACGUUUCUCUCGUCAGGAAAAAAUAUAGCGAUCGAUAUUUUUAUUCAAAUUCUACAAACAAUGAAACCUAAAAGGAGCCAAGUUGCCUGAUACAAUUCGCAGUGACGUUUUGCGGAGAGUCAAGCUGCCGCACCUCUCGAAUCAAAAUGGGUCAAAAGAAGCUGCUGUUAUUCAAACCGAACAUGAUACAUGAGGUUCGGAAGACGUUUAACCUGGAAGGACCAGGGAGGAUGGAGGCAGCAGUAGACCUGCUAGAAGAAUGGGUGCAGAAGCAGAGACACUUUACUAAACAUGAUAUUCCUCGUCACUACCUGGAGACGACGCUGAUCACGUGCAAGGGCUCCAUGGAGCGGUCAAAGGCGAUGCUGGACAAGAUCUGCACCAUGAGGACCCUGGUGCCGGAGUUCUUUGGGGAGUACGACGUGAAGAGGGACUUCCCCGGGCUGAGAGAUUAUUUUGUCACAGUCCUCCUGCCAAAGCCGACUGCGGAUCUCUGCCGCGUGUACGUCUGCAAGAUCUACGACAAUGGCUCCAUGAAGAAACACGCCAUGAACGCCCUCCGAUAUCUUACCAUUCUAGCAGACUACGUGAAACUCAACGACUACCUCAGCAAGGCCAUCGUAAUCGUGGACCUCAUGGACGCCAACCUGUCUGACCUCAUCGGGGGUAUAGACGUGGUGGACAUCAAAAGACACUCCUCCAUCAUCAUGGACGGCUUCGGCAUGCGGCCCCAGAAGGUGUACGUCCUAACAGCGUCCAAGCUGGUCUGCACCCUGAUGACGCUGAUGAAGUCGGCGGUGAAGCAGAAGGUGGCGUCACGGAUGGAGGUGGUGAAGAGCUGCGAGGAGCUGCACAAGCAUCUGCCGAGGGAGAUACUGCCGAUGGACUACGGCGGGAAAGAGGAGUCCAUCAGGGAUAUUCAAGAUCUCUGGCUGGACGCGUUAUCGGAGCAGGAGUUUCUGGAAUACCUCCGCGAGAUGAACACGGCAAAGACAAACGAGGCGCUGCGGCUGAGGGCUGACUUUAAUCAGAACUAUGCCGGCAUGCCCGGUACCUUCAAAUACCUGCAUAUCGAUUAAGAGCCUACCCAUUUAGCCAAUACUUUUUCUUUAUCGCUUCUUUAUAGA